AUGCUUGUCCCAAGGAAAGCUUUCGGGGCCCUGACGUUCAUCAUCUGCGUCGCGGGUUUGUUCAUCUUCUCCAGCUCGAUUGUGCAAUGGUCCGUCUAUCUCUUUGGCAGCUAUGCUCCACUGGUACCGUACACUACGCAUGUUGUUCUGUUCCAAUUCAAGGAAAGCGUUAGCGGCAUCGCCGUCAAAGAGAUUACAUCAAAGUUCUUUGGCUUGAAGAAGGCGUGUAUUCACCCAGACACGCGCCGGCCAUACAUUCUCUCCAUCACUGGUGGGAAAGAUACUUCCAUAGAGGACCUGCAGAAUGGGAUGAGCCACGCUUUUAUCCUCAGAUUCAAUUCAGACGAAGAGCGGGACUACUAUGUGAAAGAAGAUCCAGCACAUCAAGCGUUCAAGGACGCUGCUGCUGCAGUGGUUGAGAACACGAUAGUUGUGGACUUCCAAGAGGGUGUCUUUACUGACUCAGGAUAA